AUGAAUAUUUGUAAGAUACUAAAUAAUAUAGAAAUUGACCAUGUAGUAUCUAAUAAAGAUUUAUUCGAUAAAGCAUUCGAUAGUGAUGAAUUUGAUAAUGAAGCAUCUGACUAUGAAGAAUCUGAUAAUAAAGCAUCUGACUAUGAAGAAUCUGAGAAUAACGUAUUCAACAAUAAAGAAUACGAUAAUGAAGUAAUUAAUAAUAAAGGAUCCAAUGAUAAAGUAUUAGAUAAUGAGGAAAUUGAUUAUGAAAACUUUUUUUAUAAUGAAAUGCUAAAUGAUGAAAUAACAAUAAAUUUUACAAAUGAGGUAUUAAGCGAAAAAGAGCUUGAUAAAGUUAUUGACAAGGUACUAAAUACUGAAAAAAUACCAUCUAUUGGCAGAGAGUAUUCUCUAUAUUUCAACAAUUUUACUGAAACAUUGAUGUUUUGCUGGAUUCAAAAACACAGCAUAACUUCUCAAGCCUAUGAUGAAUUGGUUGAUAUAAUUCAUAAUCUACAGUUUAAAAGUAAAGAUAUUGUAAUGAAUGACAUUGUCAAAAUCAUUACAAUUGCUAUGCUUUACAACAAAAAUAAUAUUAAUGUGUUUUCGAUUUUUAUUCAUGAAAUUCUUUAUAAACAUCAAGGAUGUUGGAAGUUAAGGGAUAUUAUAUAUUCUUAUAAACACCUAUCAGAAUUUGCAGUGUUAGAUGUGCCAGAUAUGAAUCUUCUAGUCUAUAAAUUAUAUAUCAAUUUUUAUUAUGAUGAUUUUGGGAUAUUUCAUAUGCAAAGAAAUCCGAGUCUUGUUAUUGCAAGUCUUGGUGAUGUAACUGCCAACUUGCUUCAGGACAAUAACUUGGUUGGUGUUAAAAGGCAUGUUUUCCAUUACCACCAUCUUACUGACAAUCAAUUCAAAGAAAUUUCUAUAGCGCCAACAAUAACAAAAUAUAAAGAACUCACUACAAUAUAUAGAUUGCAUUUAUUGCUACCAAUACUUGAUAGAUUAAAAAGAGAAAGACAUCUUCAGUUCCCACAUGACAUUUAUCAUCUUAUAGCUAGCAAAGUGUUAAAAUUUUUCAAGAUAACAAUUAAAGCACUUUCAAGUGAAAGCAAAUCAGAAUUUAUGAAAUAUUGGAAAUCUUUUAAAUAUCCAAGAACAUGGCAAAAGUUACCAAAUCUGAUCUUUCACAUUGACAAUUUUAUGAUAUUGGAUUGCUUACAUUUAGCUAUGAUGAUCCCAUUUAUUCUUAACAGAUUCUUAAAACUAUCGUCUUUCAAAAAUCCUGAAUUAACUUCAUUUCAAAGUCACAUAGGGGUUUCUAAAAAUGAUUUAGCAUAA